UAGAAUACAAGAAGCAGCCCGUGCCUAUGGAAGGCAUCUCAACUGCCAGACAGGAUUACGUCCCUCAUGAAGUGUUCCCUAUAAAGCAGAGGCCUCCUGAUAAAUAUGUCAGGAGGGAUGAAAACAUGGACCUCUUGUCCACCUAUAGACAAGACUACAACCCGUACCCCAUUUCUCGAGUGCCCCCUUGCCUGCCCCAGGAACAAAAGCCUUUCUCUGACGAGAAGAUGACCACAAUACCAACAUACAAAGAUGAUUAUGUGGCUUGGAAUCAGCCCAGAAGAGACAUUAUUAAGCCAGACAACACUUACCAUCCAUCAGAAGCAAAAUUCGAUCACAAGACCACUAACCAGGAUGACUACCUCUACAAAGGGCCAGUUAUUACCAAGAGCUGCAAACCUGCUAAGGUGCCGCACAGCACAAAGAUACCCCUGGAGGGCACGACCAAUUAUAAGCUGAAUUAUGUGGCCCAUCCCAUACCAAAACGUUAUGUCCACGAACGUGAGCCAUUCAAGCCCAGCGAAGUCCCAUUUGAAGGUGCUACCACCCACAAGCUGUCCUACAAAGGAUUAGCGGGAGAGCCAGCAAAAUCACUGAAGCCUCCUUAUCUGCGGCCAGAAGUGGCAGACUUCGCUGGUACCACAGAAUUUCGGGAAAAGUAUCUAGCUUGGCCCACGGCUGACCCCUUUAUCAGAAAACGUGAGGUCUACAUGCCACCAAAGGAGAAGAUGGAUCUUCAGACAACGGCUCAGGUUCACUACGGAGACCCUCAUGGGCGCCCGGCCACAUCGUGUAAGCCGUUGGCUCAGGUCCCGCAGAGCACAGGGCCCUUGGACUACCGCACCACCAUGCGGGAUGCUUACAAGCCUUGGCAAUAUGCACGGCCUAAGGCCAUCUUGCCUCGCCACGAGCUCACCUUGCCGGCGGUGCCCAUGGACACGCUGACUACCUUUCAGUCCCAUUAUGUACCUCACCCGCUCCCUUCCACCAAGAGCUGUAAGCCUCGCUGGCCGGCAGCUAGGCCUCACGUACCAUUUGCUGAGGAAACCACCUAUGCUAGAAGCUACACACCCAAGGAAAUACAUAUAUGUCCUGCUUCUUUCAAAGACCCGCCUGGCUACAUAUUUGACAAGAUUGAUGAAGGUGGGCACAAGCGUUUCCGGCCUGCCACAGUGGCCCACUCCCGAUGCGCAUCCAGUUCAAAGCUAGCUGAUCGGAGAGGCAGCCCUUCCGGUAGCAGGUCGAGUCAGACGGGCCUCAAAGGGAUAGCCCUAAAAGCCUGA